AUGCCCGUGCUCGGGGUGGCCUCCAAGCUGCGGCCGCCGGCCGGGGGCUCCAGGCCGGUGCACAGCGCCCGGCCCAUGCCCGUGGCGAGCCUGAGCGCGCCGGCCCGGGCGCUGGAGCUGGCGGGCGCCCACGGCUCCGUGCUCUCCUGCCAGCUGGCGCUCAGCUCCACCUGCGACUUCGCCGAGCCAGGAGCCCUGCCGCGCAAGACCCAGGAGGUGGAGGACAGCAAGAUUUACACCGACUGGGCUAACCACUACCUAGCAAAAUCUGGCCACAAGCGGUUGAUCAAGGAUUUGCAACAGGACAUUGCAGAUGGAGUUCUGCUCGCAGAAAUCAUCCAGAUCAUCGCAAAUGAAAAGGUUGAAGAUAUCAAUGGCUGCCCCCGGAGCCAGUCUCAAAUGAUUGAGAAUGUUGAUGUCUGCCUUAGCUUUCUGGCAGCCAGAGGAGUAAAUGUCCAAGGUCUUUCUGCAGAAGAAAUAAGGAAUGGAAAUUUGAAAGCCAUUUUAGGCCUGUUUUUCAGUUUGUCUCGCUACAAACAGCAGCAGCAUCAUCAGCAACAAUAUUACCAGUCUUUGGUGGAGCUGCAACAGCAAGUUCCUUCACCUCCAGCUGAAAGCAGCCAGUCCAAAACACACCAAGAUAUGCAGUCCAGUCUCACAGCCAGAUAUGCAACUCAGUCUAAUCACAGUGGAAUUGCAACCAGUCAAAAAAAGACUUCUAGGCUUCCAGGACCCUCGAGGGUGCCAGCUGCAGGCAGCAGUACCAAAGUCCAGGGAGCUUCUAACUUAAAUCGGCGAAGUCAGAGCUUUAACAGCAUUGACAAAAACAAGCCGCCUCAAUAUGCAAAUGGCAAUGAAAAAGAUUCUCCCAAAGGGCCUCCCCCCUGCGCAGGCAUGAACGGCACGGCGCAGCAGCCCGCGGGCGGCGGGCAGCAGCAGCAGCAGCAGGGCUCGGCCAUUCCCUCACCRAGCGCCAGCAAGCCGUGGCGCAGCAAGUCCAUGAACGUGAAGCACAGUGCCACCUCCACCAUGCUCUCCGUGAAGCAGCCCAGUCCCGCCACCUCCCCGACGCCGUCCGCCGAGAGGCUCAAGCCGCCCCCUUCGGAAGGCGGGAAAGCUCCUUCGUCCGGCCAAAAAUCUAUGCUGGAAAAGUUCAAGCUGGUCAACGCUCGGACUGCUUUAAGGCCUCCUCUGUCRCUGAGCUCAGGGCCCAGUGACAGUGGGCGAGAGGAUGAUGCCUUGUCGGAGUGCGGCGAGGUGGAUGUCUUAAGCGGCAUGAACAGUGGCGGCUCCACAAGCAGCAGUCCUAAAGUGUCGCCAAAAUUAGCCCCUCCAAAAGCUGGAAGCAAAAAUCUCAGCAAUAAAAAGUCUUUGCUACAGCCAAAGGACAAAGAGGAAAAGAGCAGGGACAAAAACAAAGUUUGCACUGAGAAAACAGUCAAGGAAGAGAAAGACCCGGUCACUGAAACGUCUAUGAAGAAGAGCUCCAAAAUUGCAAGCUUAAUCCCAAAGGGGAGCAAGACGACCGCAGCCAAGAAAGAAAGUUUAAUACCCUCUUCUAGCGGGAUCCCGAAGCCCGGCUCUAAGGUGCCCACGGCAAAGCAGGGCGCUUCACCCGCCUGCACGGGAAGUAAGGAGGCUGAAAAACUGAGGACUACAAAAGGCAACCAGGCCCAGCCAGGCCCAAAGUCUCAGCUUGCAGAGAAGGCUUCACCUCCCUGCGGCCUCGCUUCCUCCGAAGGAAAGGAGCCCGGCCCCGCUCUUCCCGCCGGCCCCGCGGCCGCACUUCCCGGCUCGGCGGCCGUGGGCAGCGGGCAAGUGACGGGCAGCGGCGCUGUCCAGCUCCCCCAGCAGCAGCAAUACAGCCACCCCAACACUGCCACCGUAGCGCCCUUCAUCUACAGAACUCUCUCGGAAAAUGACAGUACCUCUUUACCACCUGCUGACUCCUGCACCAGUCCUACUAAAAUGGAUUUGUCGUUCAGUAAGACUGCCAAGCAGUGCCUAGAGGAGAUAUCUGGGGAAGACCCCGAAACAAGAAGGAUGAGAACUGUAAAGAAUAUAGCAGACCUGAGGCAGAAUUUGGAAGAAACUAUGUCCAGCCUUAGAGGGACCCAGAUAAGCCACAGCACCUUGGAGACCACCUUCGACAGCACGGUGACCACGGAGGUGAACGGCAGGAGCCUGGYGGGCCUGGCGGGCCGCGCGGCGCCCGUGACAUGGCGCCUGGGCCAGGCCAGCCCGCGGCUGCAGGCCGGCGACGCGCCCUCGCUGGGCGGCGGCUACGGGCGCAGCGGCGGCGCCGGCGGCCGCUUCGUGCACGCCGACCCGGCGCGCUUCAUGUACACGACGCCGCUGCGCCGCGCCGCCGUGUCCCGCCUCGGGAACGUCCCCCAGGGGGACGUGAGCGAGAAGGGCGGCGGAGAGUUGGAGAUGUCCGCCGAAGUGGACGUCGGCGGCUACAUGAGCGAUGGGGACAUUCUUGGGAAAAGUCUCAGAGCCGAUGACAUCAACAGUGGGUACUUGACAGAUGGAGGCCUCAACCUAUAUACCAGAAGCCUGAACCGAAUUCCAGACCUGGCUGCUUCUCGAGACGUCAUUCAGAGAGGGGUUCAUGACGUGACUGUGGAUGCUGACAGCUGGGAUGACAGCAGCUCAGUAAGCAGUGGCCUCAGUGACACUCUUGAUAACCUCAGCACGGAUGAUUUGAACACCACAUCAUCUGUCAGCUCUUAUUCCAAUAUAACUGCCUCUUCGAGAAAGAACACUCAUCUGAAGACSGACUCGGAGAAGCGCUCAGUGACGGACAGCGAAACUUGGGGCAGCACCGAAGAGCUGAAGAAGCCAGAGGAGGAUUUUGACAGCAGCGUAGACAGCAGUGGCAAAUGGAAAGGCCUCCCCUCGGGGCUGUCUGAAGAGUCGGAGAAAGGGGGGCCGAAAGCGUCCCUCUCUGUUUCCCAAACAGGAUCCUGGAGGAGAGGCAUGACUGCACAAGUAGGAACUGCUCAAUCCAGGCACAAGGCUGGGACAAGUGCUCUCAAGACCCCAGGAAAAACGGAUGAUGCAAAAGCUUCAGAAAAAGUGAAGACUCCCUUGAAAGGMGCCUCCAUUCAGCGCUCUCCAUCAGAUGCAGGAAAAAGUAGUGGUGAUGAAGGCAAAAAGCCUCCCUCGGGCAUUGGGCGAUCAACUGCUACUGGCUCCUUUGGAUUCAAGAAGUCUGGGAUGGCAUCUUCAACCAUAAUCACCUCAAGCGGAGCGACGAUCACAAGUGGGUCGGCCACCCUUGGAAAAAUGCCCAAGUCCUCAGGCCUCGGUGGGAAGUCCAGCGCAGGGCGGAAGACGAGCUUGGAUGGUUCCCAGAACCAGGAUGACGGGGUGUUGCACGUGAACUCCAAGACCACCCUGCAGUACCGCAGUUUGCCUCGCCCCUCCAAAUCCAGCGGCAGCGGCAUCCCCGGCAGGGGUGGCCACCGCUCCAGCACCAGCAGCAUCGACUCCAACGUGAGCAGCAAGUCGGCGGGCGCUGCMGCCUCCAAGCUGCGCGAGCCGAGCAAGAUCGGCUCCGGGCGCUCCAGUCCCGUCACCGUCAAUCAGACGGACAAGGAGAAGGAGAAAGUGGCCGUGUCCGAUUCCGAGAGCGUCUCCUUGUCCAGCUCCCCCAAAUCCAGCCCGACUUCGGCCAGCGCCGCCGGCACGCCGGGAUUAAGGCAGCCAGGAUCCAAAUACCCGGACAUUGCCUCCCCCACGUUUCGAAGGUUGUUUGGUGCCAAGGCAAGUGGUAAAGCUGCCUCUGCACCCAGUACUGAAGGUGUGAAACCCACAUCGGCAAUGCCCAGCCCUAGUACCACAUUGGCACGGCAAGGCAGCCUGGAGUCUCCAUCCUCGGGUACAGGCAGCAUGGGCAGUGCAGGUGGGCAAAGUGGUAGCAGCAGCCCCCUCUUCAGUAAACCUUCGGACUUAAAUGCAGAUGUUGUAAGCUUAAGUCACUCCUUGGCUUCCAGUCCCGCCUCAGUGCACUCUUUCACAUCAGGUGCUCUUGUGUGGGCUGCAAACCUGAGCAGCUCUUCAGCUGGCAGUAAGGACACACCAAGUUACCAGUCCAUGACUAGCCUCCACACCAGUUCCGAGUCCAUUGACCUUCCUCUGAGCCAUCACGGCUCUCUCUCUGGACUGACAACAAGCACUCAGGAGGUUCAGAGCCUGCUCAUGAGGACUGGAAGCGUCCGAUCUACUCUUUCGGAAAGCAUGCAGCUUGACAGAAAUACACUACCCAAAAAGGGAUUAAGGUACACCCCGUCGUCGCGGCAGACGAGCCAGGAGGAGGGCAAGGAGUGGCUGCGCUCCCAUUCAACCGGAGGCCUGCAAGACACUGGCAGUCAGUCCCCGCUGGUUUCCCCUUCAGCUAUGUCUUCAUCUGCAACGGGGAAAUACCACUUUUCCAACCUGGUGAGUCCCACCAGCCUAUCCCAGUUUAACCUUCCCGGACCAAGUAUGAUGCGCUCGAACAGCAUCCCUGCCCAAGACACUUCUUUCGAUCUCUACGAUGACUCCUCGCAGCUGUGUGGCAGUGCCACGUCCUUGGAAGAGAGGCCACGAGCAAUUAGUCAUUCGGGUUCGUUCAGGGACAGCAUGGAGGAAGUACAUGGGUCCUCGUUAUCACUUGUCUCCAGCACAUCCUCUCUCUACUCUACGGCAGAAGAAAAGGCACAUUCAGAGCAAAUUCAGAAACUACGGAGAGAGCUGGUUGCAUCACAGGAAAAGGUUGCUACCCUCACAUCCCAGCUUUCUGCAAAUGCUCAUCUCGUGGCAGCCUUCGAAAAAAGCUUAGGAAAUAUGACGGGCCGACUGCAAAGCCUCACAAUGACAGCCGAACAAAAGGAAUCGGAGCUUAUAGAGCUACGGGAAACCAUUGAAAUGCUGAAAGCCCAGAAUUCUGCUGCACAAGCUGCUAUUCAAGGAGCCUUGAACGGCCCUGAUCAUGCCCACAAAGAUUUACGCAUAAGGCGGCAGCAUUCUUCGGAAAGCGUUUCCAGCAUCAACAGUGCCACGAGCCAUUCCAGCAUUGGCAGCGGCAACGAUGCUGACUCCAAGAAAAAGAAAAAGAAAAACUGGGUGAACUCUAGAGGAAGUGAGCUAAGAAGCUCUUUCAAACAGGCCUUUGGGAAGAAGAAGUCCACCAAGCCUCCUUCCUCGCACUCCGACAUAGAAGAGCUGACAGACUCCUCUCUUCCUUCGUCCCCCAAAUUGCCCCACAGCUCAGCAGAGUGCGGGGCACCUUCGAUGAAACCCUCACAGUCAACAUCUGCGAUCUGCGAGUGCACAGAGGCAGAGGCUGAAAUUAUUCUCCAGCUAAAGAGUGAGCUGAGGGAGAAAGAGCUCAAGUUGACGGACAUUCGUCUGGAAGCCCUGAGCUCCGCACACCACCUGGAUCAGAUCCGGGAGGCCAUGAACCGCAUGCAGAAUGAAAUUGAGAUCCUGAAAGCAGAAAAUGAUCGCUUAAAGGCCGAGACUGGCAAUACUGGGAAGCCUGCCCGGCCGUCAUCGGAGUCUUCAAGCAGCACAUCAUCAUCUUCAUCGCGGCAGUCCCUGGGACUUUCUCUGAACAACUUAAACAUCACAGAGUCUGCUACAUCAGAUAUUCUGCUAGAAGAAGUCACGGAGGAAGCACUCCACAAAGAAGGCCAUAGCGUGAAAAUUUUAGUCACUAUAAACAAGGGCUACAGUCGAGCCAAGGACCAGAAAACACAUGCAUACCUGAUAGGAUCAAUUGGAGUUAGCGGAAAAACAAAGUGGGAUGUUUUAGAUGGUGUGAUCAGACGCCUCUUUAAGGAAUACAUUUUCCGAGUGGAUCCAGCUACCAGCUUGGGUUUAAGCUCUGACUGCAUUGCUAGUUAUUCUAUAGGGGAUGUAAUGAGAGCCCAUAGCUUAGAAGUGCCUGAACUGCUGCCUUGUGGAUAUCUGGUUGGAGAUAAUAACAUCAUCACUGUGAACCUCAAAGGAGUAGAAGAAAACAGUUUGGAUAGUUUUGUGUUUGACACAUUAAUUCCUAAGCCAAUUACCCAGCGGUACUUUAAUUUACUGAUGGAGCAUCGUAGAAUUAUUCUGUCGGGACCCAGUGGCACAGGAAAGACCUAUUUAGCUAACAGGCUGGCUGAAUAUAUAAUAACUAAGUCUGGCAGAAAAAAAACUGAGGAUGCAAUUGCAACUUUUAACGUAGAUCACAAGUCAAGCAAGGAUCUGCGACAAUACCUAGCUAACCUGGCUGAGCAAUGCAGUGCUGACAACAAUGGUGCUGACCUCCCUGUGGUCAUAAUUCUUGAUAACCUCCACCACAUCAGCUCACUAAGCGACAUCUUCAAUGGUUUCCUCAAUUGUAAAUAUAAUAAAUGUCCCUAUAUUAUUGGAACUAUGAGCCAGGGAGUUUCUUCUUCACCAAAUCUGGAGCUACAUCACAAUUUCAGGUGGGUGCUGUGUGCUAACCACACAGAGCCUGUUAAAGGUUUCUUGGGCAGAUAUCUGAGAAGGAAACUGAUUGAGACUGAAAUAGAAAAGAACAUGCGCAAUAAUGAGCUCAUGAAAAUCAUUGACUGGAUCCCCAAAACGUGGCAUCAUCUCAACAGCUUCCUAGAAACGCACAGCUCUUCGGAUGUGACCAUUGGUCCCCGCCUUUUCCUGCCUUGCCCUAUGGAUGUUGAUGGCUCCCGAGUGUGGUUCACAGACCUCUGGAACUAUUCCCUAGUACCGUAUCUUCUGGAAGCUGUGAGAGAGGGGCUUCAGAUGUACGGAAAGAGAGCCCCGUGGGAGGAUCCCUCCAAAUGGGUAGCUGAUACCUACCCGUGGAGCUCGGCCUCGCUGCAGCACGAGUGGCCAUCACUGCUUCAGUUAAGACCAGAAGAUGUUGGGUACGAAGGUUACGUGUCAGCAAAGGAAGGAACAACCUCAAAGCACGUUCCACAGAGCGAAACAGAAGGGGAUCCCUUGAUGAAUAUGCUGAUGAGGCUUCAAGAGGCAGCCAACUAUUCGAGCGCACAGAGCUGUGACAGUGAUAGCACCAGCCACCAUGACGAUAUUCUGGAUUCAUCCCUCGAAUCCACUCUCUGAAGGACACGAGUUGUGGUGGAGGAUCAUGGUAAAAUCUGUUUCCACUAGACCACUGCCAGUAUUAAAGCAGCAUGCCGAGGUCCCUGGUUGAGAGUGGUGUGUUGUAGRUAGGCAGGAGACCUAACUCCGCAAAGUCAGGAAGAAAAAAUUGAAGUGGAAAGCUUGAAUUAGUUUAAUUUCAAGGCAUUUCAGUAUCUUUGGAGCCAAGUGCGACUCCG